AUGGGAUUCCGCAUCACCACGUGGAAUGUCAAUGGUAUCCGGAACCCAUUCUCCUAUGAACCAUGGAGAGGGACGCGCACGUUCGAGUCCAUGUUUAACAUCCUGGAAUCGGACAUUGUCGUUCUUCAGGAGACCAAGAUUCAGCGCAAGGAUCUCCGCGAUGACAUGGUCUUGGUGCCAGGCUGGGACUGCUAUUUUAGUCUACCGCGAUUCAAGAAAGGAUAUUCCGGCGUGGUGAUUUAUACGCGCAAUGCCACAUGUGCUCCCAUCCGGGCCGAAGAAGGCAUCACUGGAGUUCUCUGCCCGCCAAACUCGGCGAUAUCAUUCUGUGAACUUCCAGAAGAGCAGCAGAUUGGUGGGUAUCCCACGGCUGAGCAGCUUUCCCGUCAUGAAGCGGUCUCUGAGGAGCUUGAUUCUGAAAAGGAGCAAGAUGAUCCCAACCCGAGGCCUGAAGCCAGAAUCGAUGCAGCUACUCUUGACUCCGAAGGCCGGUGUGUGAUUCUGGAAUUUCCUGCCUUUGUUCUCAUUGGUGUCUAUUGUCCAGCAUAUCGGGACGAAAGUCGAGAUACCUUCCGCAUGGACUUUCUCAAUGCCCUGGAUUCCCGGGUCCGCAACCUGACAGCGAUGGGCAAACGAGUGAUCGUGACUGGAGAUAUCAACAUUGCAAAACAAGGACUUGAUGCCGCACAUGGCAUGGAAGCUAUCAGGAAAGGCACGACUUCGGAGGACGAGUUCAUAUCUGGCCCUUCUCGGCGUCUCUUUAAUCAACUGCUUUCCGAUGGUGUCGUUAUCGGUGAACGUGACAACGGCAGAGAAGAGCCGGUUCUCUUUGAUACCUGCAGGUCGUUCCAUCCAGAUCGUGCUGGAAUGUAUACAUGUUGGGAUCAGAAACUCAAUACCCGUCCAGGGAACUAUGGGUCAAGAAUCGACUAUGUACUUUGCAGCUUGAACAUGCAAGACUGGCUCUCGGGAUCCAAUAUCCAGGAAGGUUUGAUGGGAUCAGAUCACUGCCCUGUUUUUGCCGACUUUAAAGACUCUGUACCACAGCCGGAGGGCGUGGUGGACAUCAGGGAUAUUUUGAACCCACCGGGAAUGUUCAAGAAUGGCGAGCGUCAACAAGAAUACUCGACCAAAUUUGCAUUACCUGCGUCAGGGCGUUUACUUCCAGAAUUUGACGUCAAUAAACGCCGAAGUAUCAAAGACAUGUUUGCUCGCAAACCUGUCAGUUCCCCAUCAAACCCAGUGGAACCAGCCGUGGCAAUGGUCACAGAAUCUGAGGCUCAGGCUUCAGAAGUACCAACCUCCGCUACAUCAUCUCAACCUUGCGAACCCCUCCAAGAGUCUUCUGCGCCCAUCAAAUCCGAACCCCAAUUGGCUCACACUGCUUCUCGCAAGCGCUCGCAGCCUCCCCCAGUCUCCCUAGCGAAACGCAGCAAGUCCUCGGCGGCGGCGUCCCCAGGGAGCAACAAAGCAGGUCAAAAAUCAUUGAUGGGGUUUUUCAAACCUAAAUUAGUGAACAGCGACGAAUCCACUCGGUCCUCAACACCAGUUCCACUCUCGGGGACCUCAUUCAACACCACCCAAACACCAUCCUCAUCGCAGGGCCAACAGACAGCUACAGAACUCGAGUUGCAACCACGAGAAACACACCCGUACAGCUCCUCGGCCUACUCACCCAAGUCCAAUAAGCUCAUAGACAACGAUACAAUCAUUGACCCAAUUGUCAGCAAAGAAGACUGGUCAAAGUUGUUCACCAAGAAGCCCGUUCCACCAUGCGAUGGACACCAGGAACCUUGUAUCAGCUUGACAACCAAAAAACCAGGAAUGAAUCGUGGACGCUCGUUCUGGAUUUGUCCUCGGCCACUGGGUCCUAGUGGAGAGAAGGAGAAAGGUACACAGUGGCGGUGUCCUACAUUCAUCUGGGCUAGUGAUUGGAACCCAUCUGCGACGACGUUGGAGCAAUAA